UGUGAGCACCCACCACGCACCAGGUUCGGCUGCGACCCUUUUAUGUGCACCCCCUGCCACCUGACAAGGCAGGUUCUCCUCUUGCUGUUUUGCAAGUGAGUUAACAGCGAGGUAAGUAACUCGUCCGAAUUUGUGCGUGGUAGGGCCCGCAGGGCACGUGGCAUUCUGGAGUCACUAUUCAAAGUCUUAGCAGUUUAUAAGCCACUCUGAGGGCCUCUGAUGCAGUGUGUAACUUUUCUGUGACACAGAAUUUGGACCCUGCUUGCAGCUGCCCUGUGCAGUCAGCUCCGGUGGUUGGCUUCAGGCCAGGGCAGCCUGUCAGAACAUUCACCUCAAAACCUUUCAGUUCUCCACUGUUACAGACUGCACAGCCUCAUGCUUGAGCACAUUUGGUUGAGAGGAUUCUGUGUUUGAGAAGACCUGUGUUGUGAAUGGCUAACUGUAAAGCUCUGUGCAGAUGUGAGAGCAGGGCAAGGGGGGAGGGGAAGCUUGCAAGCUUCAUACCGACCGGGAGAAAGCUACUAUUUCAAGUCAGAGAGCAGAGCUUGAGCACAUGCCCUUUAAAAGUCUACUCCAUCCCCGGGUGAUUUCUUUCAAGAAGCCAACUGUUCGCCUGAGGUGCCAGAGAGGAAACCAUGAAACCUCAGGACUUUGGAGCUGGAAGGUGGAGGACGUGAGGCCCUGAGAGGUGCACUGAUUUAAAUCAAGGCUUUUUUGAUAUUUCAUCUGCGAAAUGAGAAGUCAGGCUGGAGGUUUUCAGAUGACACCCCGAGAGCUGAGCAAAGGCUGAACACUUCUAAAACAGAGAAAAGAAAUAAAGUCACGGCAUCUUUUCUGGGUCUCCUUUCCCCGUGACUUUGUUUUCCUGGAGACUCUCAUGGCAACCUCUUGACGGUCACCUCCCUGAGGUUCGGCGACCUCCUUCUCCUCUCUCUGCUCCACCUGGGACUCCCUGCCCCACUGGGAUCGCAAGUCCUGCCUCAACUCUCCUGCCUACUCUAGGCUGUUUAGCUCUUUAUUGACCAAUUAGAGAUGACGGAGAACAGUUUUUACACAGCGCUGAGACAGAAGGUAUAAUAAUAAUGACAGCACCGGAAUCUGUUAGCAUUUAGCUCAAUGCCCGGGUCAGCAGUUAACAAUCAAAUACAAAGGGAUAUACCUUAAUACAAGGGACUCGAGCUGUGUGCUGAAGAGUCCAGGCCCUUCAAAGCAGCUGAGGAGUAUCAGAAGUUCCAUCUGAAGCCAGGGUCCCCCUGCCCUGAGGGACAGCCCCGGAAACUGUGGGCGGAGGAUACAUGCCCUGACCUUUCCAAGAUGCCACCUCAGUCCUUGAAAGAGAAUGGGUCAUCCUCUUCUUCAGCUGUCUUCACGCCCCUAGUCCCAGCUGAUCCAAAGAUAGAGAACACUGGAGAUUGGGAGGUGGCAGCCGAGUCCCAGGAAACCCUGAGCCCCAGAAGAGAAGCCAAGGAGGAGCCCUGCGAGGACCCUGCAGGAGAUGAUUGCGGAACCGGUGUGUGCCUGGGAGUUCCAGUUUCAAAGCCAAGUGUCACCUCCCAUCAUGAGCGAGGACCAGAGACUUUGGGGCUGAGCCUUACAAACUGUGGGAAUGGGAGCACUGCAGAUGAUAGCCUGGACAGUGAGCAAGACAAAUCAGCCCAGGAAGAACAAUGCCAGUGGGAUGGGGAGGACAUGAAGAUGUCAGGUGUUCACUGGAGCUACGAGGAGACCAAGACUUUCCUGGCAAUCUUAAGUGAGUCGCCAUUCUCUGAAAAGCUCCGGACUUGUCACCAGAACCGCCAGGUAUACCAGGCUAUUGCAGAGCGGCUGAGGGCCCGGGGCUUCUUGCGGACUCUGGAGCAGUGUCGCUACAGGGUCAAAAACCUUCUGCGCAAUUACCGGAAAGCCAAGAACAGUCACCCCCCAGGGACCUGCCCCUUCUAUGAGGAGCUGGAGGCCCUGGUGAGGGCUCGGACAGCCAUCAGAAGAACGAGUGGGCCAGAAGAGGGUGUGGUACUCCCCAGGCUGGGCGACAGCGACACUGAGAUGGAUGACCAAGAGGAAGGGAGCUGGGAGCCUGUGGAAGCAACAGAAGGCUGCAGUGAUUUUGGCCUGGCCACUGAGGAAUCUAUUCAGGGGUCCAGCAUUUCAGGGGGCCCAGCCCUGCUCCAGAGCCGCAUUGCAGGUGUGCACUGGGGCUUCGAGGAGACCAAGGCCUUUCUGGCAAUUCUCAGUGAGUCACCGUUCUCCGAAAAGCUUCGCACUUGCCACCAAAACAGCCAGGUCUACCGGGCUAUUGCGGAGCGGCUGUGUGCGCUGGGCUUCCUGCGGACUCUGGAACAGUGCCGCUACAGAUUUAAAAACCUCCUUCGAAGCUACAGGAAAGCUAAGAGCAGCCAUCCACCAGGAACCUGCCCCUUCUAUGAGGAGCUGGACUCCCUGAUGAGGGCUCGGACUGUGAUCAGGGCCAUGGAGAUGGUAGGAGAAGCCACAGGUCUUCCUGGAUCUGGGCAAGGCGGUACUGAGGCUGAUGACCAAGAAGGCUGGGCCGAGAUGGAAGAUGAAGAUGCCAUUAAACCUCUGACCCCAGAUCCCCAAACUCCAGAUGUAGGUUUUAAGGUGAAGCAUGAGGAUGAAGACCAGAUUUCAGAGCAGGAUGUUUUUGGGGAUUGGCCUGGAGCCUUAUCAGAAUAUACCACAGAAGCUGUUGGGCAGCCUCAUGCCUCGGGGGAGGACCGUGAGAACGAGGAUGAGGGCGAGUGGAGAAGUACUGUCCUGUGGGAAGAGUACUCCUCUGAGGAGGACUUAGAAAAACUCAUUGACCAUCAAGGCCUGUACCUCACGGAGAAACCCCAAAAAUGUGACGCACGCGUGGAAGGCUUCAGUCAGAAAUUCCACUUCUUUGCCCACCAACAGACCCACACAGGGGAGGCGCCCCACCAUUGUCCCGACCGUGGAAAGGGUUUUAGUGACUGUUCCAACCCCAGCACCCACCAGAGAACCCACACUGGGGAGAAGCCCCUCAGCUGCCUGGAGUGUGGGGAGAGCUUCGCUGACCAUUCUGCUCUCAUCGCCCACCAGAGAGCGCACGCAGGGGAAAAGUCCCACAAGUGUGGGGAGAGGGGGAAAAGCUUCAUCCAGAGCCCACACCCACGGAAGCAUCAGCGAGGCCACGCGGGAGAAACUCCUGAGCAGCGUAACGAGCUCGUGGAGAACGUUGGCCAGAGCCCGUCUCCUAGUGUUCCCUGGAGAAAUUCUGCAUGGGAGACGCCUACCCAACCUCCGAGUGUGAGCAUGGGCGCGGGCUCGCCCGGAGGCCAUCGCGGCGACUCGGCAGAGAAGCUGUUUCAGUGCCCUGAGUGUGGCCAGUGCUUCUCCAAGAGCUCUGCCCUCACGAGCCACCAAAGAACCCACACAGGCGAGAAGCCGUACGAGUGCGCCGAGUGCGGGAAGAGCUUCAGCAAGAGCUCCAGCCUGUCCAACCACCAGCGGACCCACCGAGGUGUGAAGACGCACAAGUGUGCGGACUGCGGCAAGUGCUUCAGCGAGCGCUCCAAGCUGGUCACCCACCAGAGGGUGCACACGGGGGAGAAGCCCUACGAAUGCCUCGAGUGCGGCAAGUUCUUCCGAGACCGGUCCAACCUCAUCACCCACCAUCGGAUCCACACGGGAGAAAAGCCGUACAAGUGCGAAGUGUGUGGGAAGUGCUUCAACCAGAGCUCCAGCCUUAUCAUCCACCAGAGGAUCCACACGGGGGAGAGACCCUACAGGUGCACGGAGUGCGGCAAAGGCUUCAGCAACAGCUCCCACUUCAGCGCCCACCGCCGAACCCACACCGGGGGGAAAGCGUUGUAGGCGGCCCCUCCCCCCGACAGAAGAGCAAUAAUGUGUCCUCACACCGCCCAUGUUACUAAACAUGCUAGAAAGAAACUUUUAAAGUGUUUUAAGCUUGA